CAGCAUCUUGUCCUCGUCCACUUUUCUGCCUUUGUUGAAGAAUUUCAAUGGGAUGCUAUUGAAUUCUUGGCUUUUUGCGAUUGCGAUGCUACGGAAUAUAAAGAUUAUUUCGAUGAUUGGUACAAAUGUGUUGGCAUUAGGAUAAUUAUCAGAGAGAAAAUCAUCCCACAAUUAUGCAAACUGGUAUUCCGAACUGCGAAUUUAAAAAAGAUAGCGAUAAUCAUUCAGGGUGAAACAAGUCUUCUUCCCAGUUUGCCAAAUGGAUCUGUUGGCCUGGCAAAAUUAAAAUCGGUAUCAUUGCAAUACUUCAAACGAUGCAAAAGUUAUAUGACCACCAAAGAAUUCUUGAAGAUUAACGAAUUUAUUCAUGAACACUUUUACGAUUUAAUCAAGUCACUGAAACAUUUGAAGCACAUCGUCUUUUAUCAUUUUAAAGAUAAAACAUAUAUCGAUUAUUUAUGCACUUCAUUUCCAAACGAAAUCUCUAGUAAGUCUUCAAAUUGGACAACAGAAUUAGCAAAAAACCUUGGGGAAUAUACGAGAUUGGAAGAAAUACCAUUUCUUGCUUGUCGUAUAAAUCCGGGAUUUCACGUAUCAUUCGAUUCUGGGCAAACAUAUCAACGAAUUCAAACUCUCUACGCCAAUUAUAGUUUGAUUGUCCGAGCGCGAAUGACUUCCUAA